CCCGGCCCGGCCGCGGCGAUCCCGAACCGGAACCGGAACCGGAACCAAAACCGGAACCGGAUCCGGACCCCAGACCGGAUCCGGAACCAAAACCCGAACUGGAACCGGAACCGGAUCCGGAACCAAAACCCGAACUGGAACCCGAAGCGGAUCCGGAACCAAAACCCGAACUGGAACCGGAAGCGGAUCCGGAACCAAAACCCGAACUGGAACCCGAAGCGGAUCCGGAACCAAAACCGGAAGCGGGCAGGGAAGCGGAUCCGGAAGCGGAGACGGAGCUGGACACGGCCGUGUCCUGCGGCUCUGCGCCGCCGGCCGCGCGCUCGCGGCGCCGCUUCAGCACGCCGGCGUAGGGCAGAGCCUCGGCGUCGCCGGCGGGAUCCACACCGGGAUCGACGGGAUCACCACCGGGAUCGACGACGGGAUCGGGGCCGGCCGGAGCCUCCCCCAGGCGGCUGAAAACUCCCG